CGCGAUUCUUUGUUUUGCGUGGUAAUCGGUAUCGUCACACCCAGUAUACGGCAAACAGACACGUUUUAAAAUUUUAAAACAUCCGUCUGCGCCUAUACGUCCGCAGUUUGAUAAUGGUACCCGCGUUCGUCUACUUAAAUAAAUUUAAAAAUAUGAACAGUUUCCAGAUUUCCCGCUGGAUCAAUCCGAAUUGAGUGCGCGAAUUUUGUCGCAAAUUUUCGUUUCCUCCGGUCUCGAUCUUAGGCAAGUCGGAAAAAGCAAUAGAAAAAGGGGAAAGUUUGAAUGAAUCGUGUCAAUAGAAAAAACAGCUCGAUCUCCUGCUCAAGCCGCAACAUGUAGUGAUGAACCGGAUGUAACCACCUGACCAACACUUCCCAAAACAUGGCGGCGACUUUUUUACUGUUGGCCACUCUAUUAUGCAGGCUGGGCCAUGCCUUGGGCAAAUACGAAUGUUGUUCUGAUGAAAACGUCGUCUCUAGGGACGAAACGGACACGCUCCGGUGUCCAAAUAACUCGUCACUAUCCCUCGCGUGUAAAAAAGACGAAACCCAAUUCCCUAUACAACUGUCCGCAUUGGCGGAAGUCGGUAUAACGAUCAACGAGGAGGGAAAUUUGGAAGAUUCCGGUAGCGUAAUCAGCGAAAGUUACUGCCAGACGAAGAUGAACAAAUCUGACGAACCCAUAUACGUAAUGUGCUAUGGCGAGGACGAAGACUUUCAAAACACCAAGUUGGUAUCGGGAGCCAUACUCAGCUACGUAUCAGUGUUCUUUAUCAUUUUGACCAUCGUAGUUUACGCUUCGAUACCACAACUACUAGACCUGCAGGGUGUCUGCAUCCUUCAUUCCCUGUUCGGACUUGGUCUAGGAUACGUGUUUCUCAGCACUAUUCAGUUAGAAACAGGCCACGGUGAGAUUACAUGCAGCGUGCUUGCCUUUUUGACCUACACUUUUCUCUUAUACGCCUUUUUCUGGCUUAAUACUUUGUCGUUUCACAUCUGGAGAACAACAACAGCCUUACAGAUAUUUAGCAAUGCGAGAAAUUGGGUACGGACCUAUUAUAUUUUCGCCAUUGGCGGGACCAUUCUCUGCCUAACCAUCGUACUACUGGCACAGUACACCGAACUGAGAGCAUUCGAACAUAUAAAACCCCGAAUAGGAGUUUCAGCUUGCUGGUUUCAAUCUCUACGCGAAACAUUCAUUUAUUUCUACGGUCCCAUUUCGGUCCUCAUCGUCCUCAACAUGAUCUACUUCGUAUGGACCGUUGUAGUUCUUUGGAAAGCAAUCGACAACAGAAACAGCAAGGCUUUGAAAUAUCGUCUCAAACUAUGUCUUAAACUGUCCGUCAUUAUGGGACUUACGUGGAUUUUUGAGAUGAUAACCGCGGCGAUGAAAACGCAAGAAACUUAUUUGAUUAUGAAAAUUUUAUUCACUGCAUUCGAUGUGCUUAAUAUUAUGCAAGGGCUGUUAAUAUUUCUGGUACUGGUGGUAUUCAGGAAACGAGUCCGACGAGCGCUGGCCAGCAAAGGAUUGUGUAACUUGAGGUUUCCAAGUUCUUGGAGGUUUUUAGAAGACGACGAAAAUGAGGAAGAAGACGAAGACGUCGAUGUAAUUACUACCGUAGAGUUUCAUAAAAAUGGGGAACAGAAACACGACGAUAACGCAAACAGCGAUGACUUAAUACCAAAACCACUGAAUUAACAGCAAUAAAUAACGCUUAUUUAUUUUUCCUAGUUUAUUUUUGUUAUGUCAAUGUCAUUAAAGGUAUUUAUUAUUUUAACCCAAAAUGGUUUAUUAUUACAG